CACGGGCCGGCGCUGCGUGGCUCCACCGCCGACCAGCCAAAACGACGGCGAAGUGACGAGUGGAGACCGGGCGCGCCGCCGUUGGAAGCCAUGGCCGUGAGGAUCCGGCCGUGCUUGCUCGCCGUGGCGUUCUUCGCCGCAGCUUGGGUCUCAACUGCGUCUUCAGUGCCUCAGCAGGUAGACAACAGCCAGAAAUCAUUCAAAUGCAUGCCUUGCUCUAGGACGUACGUUGCUGAUGCAUAUCUCGACGCCUUGACGGGACAGCUUGCUCAACAUCGUGACUUAACUGAAGUUCCUGAGACUGCUGACUUGUUUAAAGGACUUGAUGAUGAGCUUGAUGUGCCCGUGCUUUCAGAAGUGCAUCGUCAACUGGUUGGUGAAGGUUCCCACCGCCGCUUAGUCUAUUCUCUGAAAUUUGGUAACUGUGAAGAUGAUGUGGUAAAAUUCCUUGAUGGCUAUGAUGCCAACCUGGUGUUAAUUGAAAAGCUCCCGAGUGGGGUAUUUGCUGACCCAUUUGAGCUACAGCACUUUGUUGAACGGAAAGUUUUUCUCGAUGUUGCUGUUUUUGGAGACACAAACCUUGAACUACCCUCGGCUCUGUCCAACCGGUCAGCUGUUGAGAUUCAUUUUGAUCUCAAGCCAAGCACAACAAUGGACUGUCACCUUGUAGUAGAGCUUCCUCUCCAUGCUAGAUACCCGCCUCUCGAUGCCAGCGGUUACGCGACAGUUGAGUUUGGCAGCCCAGACCUGCUUCUCCGUUACCGGAAAAAGGACACCCAUCCUGAUUCCUGCAUAUGGGUCUUGAAGAAUCUCGACGCUGAGCCUGUGGAUAAAGCCGUGUGGCGCGUACCCUGUGGAGACGGAGCACACACAGGAUUUGUAUCUAGCCUCACAUUCAUUUCGGCCCUGGUUUGCUCCAUGUCUGUAGUCCUAGCAGCCUCCCUAAUUUCCUGAUGCAAGUACUGAAACUUAAUAUGAGGCACGAUGUACUGGUAUCUACUUCAGAAAUUGGCGAGAAUUGAAUUA